UGGUGUUUGAUUUCCAACACAUAAUCUUCUUGGGGUUUGUUUUCUGAGUAUAAAUCUGUGACCCACACACAAACCAAGACCAACCAGGAGAAGCCACAUACAGGUUUGGAAGAAGCAGCUUCCUUUCCUACUGAGACUGCCUUUUUCCUUUUCUGCAACUCAAUGGCGUUGGUUGGGACACUCAAGUUCUUUCUCCUCCUUGUUCUUCUCAGCCUCUUACACAUCCUUUCUUCUUGUCAAGGUAGGGAAAAUUGGGUGAAAUCGCGAUACCCGUUCAUCAAGCGCGCAAGCUCGUUCUAUCGCGACAGCCAUGAAAGAGAGAAUGGUUACGAUUACAUAAUCGUCGGCGGUGGCACUGCCGGUUGUCCAUUGGCGGCAACAUUGUCACAGAACUUCACCGUGCUGCUACUGGAAAGAGGCGGCGUUCCUUUCACUAAUGCGAAUGUCUCUUUCCUUCAAAAUUUCCACAUUGGCCUCGCCGACACUUCUCCGACAUCGGCUUCUCAGGCCUUCGCUUCUACGGAUGGAGUUAUCAAUGCGAGAGCUAGGGUUUUGGGUGGUGGUUCCGCCAUUAAUGCAGGCUUCUAUACCAGAGCAAGCACAAGGUUUAUAAACAAAGUGGGGUGGGAUGAGAAGUUGGUGAACGAAUCAUACUCAUGGGUGGAGAACCAAAUAGUUCACCGGCCGAAGCUCGCCGAUUGGCAGAAGGCUUUCACCGACAGCCUAUUGGACGUCGGAAUUUCGCCGUUCAACGGCUUCACUUACGAUCAUCUCUACGGCACCAAAGUCGGAGGGACCAUUUUCGACCGCUUCGGCCGCCGUCACACCGCCGCCGAGCUCUUAGCUUCGGGGAAUCCAGAUAAGCUUACGGUUCUAGUUCACGCCACUGUUCAACGACUCAUCUUUGACACCACUGAAGGUAAGAAACCGAAGGCGAUUGGAGUUGUUUUCAUGGAUGACACUGGUAAUCAGCACGAAGUUUUUCUAUCAAGCAGUCGGCAGAGUGAAGUUAUAUUAUCCAAUGGAGCAAUCGGGACUCCACAAAUGCUGCUGCUCAGUGGAAUUGGUCCGAGGGCUGACCUUGAAAAGUGGAACAUCUCCAUGGUGCUUGACAAUGAGUUUGUAGGGAAAGACAUGGCUGAUAAUCCCUUGAACUCAAUUUUUGUCCCUAGCAACAGACCAGUUAAGCAGUCACUUAUACAAGCAGUUGGAAUCACAAAGCUUGGUGUUUAUAUUGAAUCUAGCAGUGGAUUUGGGCAGUCGGGGGAAAGUAUUCACUGUCACCAUGGUUUGAUGUCGGCUGAGAUUGGGCAGCUAUCCACCAUUCCUCCAAAACAAAGAACACCUGAAGCCAUUCAAGAUUACAUCAAAAGUAAACGAGACUUACCCCAUGAGGCAUUUAAAGGAGGUUUCGUUCUAGAAAAAAUAGCAAAUCCCAUCUCGAGAGGACAUUUGAGCUUGAUCAACACUAAUGUUGACGACAAUCCUGCUGUGACCUUCAACUAUUUUGGUCAUCCAUAUGAUCUUCACCGUUGCGUAGAAGGGGUUCGCAUGCUUACAAAGAUUGUGGAGUCUAAAUACUUCACAAAUUUCACACAAUGUGAUGAGGAAACAUUAGACAAGCUGCUUAAUAUUAGUGUAAAGGCUAACAUCAACCUCAUACCCAAGCAUACCAAUGACACCAAGUCCUUGGAGCAGUUCUGCAAAGACACUGUGAUCACAAUCUGGCACUACCAUGGAGGGUGUCUAGUGGACAAGGUAGUGAGCCAUGACCUUAAAGUUCUCGGUGUAACUAGACUGCGGAUUGUUGAUGGGUCGACACUCAGCGAGUCUCCGGGCACCAAUCCUCAAGCAACUGUUAUGAUGAUGGGAAGGUACAUGGGCCUGAAAAUUUUGAUGGAUAGAUUGGGAAAGAAGGCUGGGAACAUAGGAAGCAAAGCAUAAAGACUACAAAAAAUUACAAGCAGGGUUAGUUGUUAGUGGAAGAGUGACCUGGGUGCUUGAUUCUUAAAGAACAGUGGGCAUACAGAUCUAUGGCUUGGCCUGGCAAUUACAAAUUUUUUUAACAUGAAGUAUUCUUUUUAUUUAGUCUCUUUCAGCUACUUGGCUACUAUUUGUUUUGUAUUAUUUUGAUUAGUUAAUGAGUUAUUCUUUUAAAGCACUCAAAGAAAAUGAGAAGAGAAGAAGAAGAAAGAGACUGGUCUCAACUAGACUUGUUCUUUAUGUUUGAACUAGAUUAUAGUGAUUGUGCAUCUACAGUGUACGUAUCUUGUGAUCUUGAAAGAGAACAGAGUGAAUAACUUUUAAGUGGAA